UUCUAUCUUGUGUUACUGCCAUGUUUGUUUCUGCUUAAGAAAGCUUAACUGCGGAAAGUAAUCUUUUUACUACCGAAGAGCUGACAAGGUCUUCUCAGUUACACGUGAGUUGCUUGUGUGUCUAAGUGCUGAACUGAUAAACGUAAUCGCGUGACCUGGAGUCGACAAGGAAAGUCCGCAAUACGCCGAGUAACUUACGGCGGAGGGUGGAAUCAUACAAAUAUUCUAAUUCCGAGUUAUUGGGUCUUAGUGACCCAAACCACACAUUCACUAUUGACUCCGACGAAUCAACGGUGAUAAUGGGGGCUCAGGAAGAGGACAAAUCAAGUAUUGCUGGCGGGAACAACAGUACCACUGGACCUCUUCCAAUUAUUCAAGUUGCCUCAUUUGUAGAGAAAGCUAAAUUCUAUACCUCACUAUGUCUAGGAACUACAGCCAUUCUUGCAGUUUUUGGCUUUCUCUUCCUCAUUCCAUUUGUGGUAGAACCAGCGAUUACAACUAUUCUAGCUGAUUUUUCACCGCAUGCUGUUGCUUGUAUUAUCACUGAUCAUGUUUAUGCUGAAGGACUUAAAAAUUGCUCUUGGGCGAGUUGUAGAGAAGGCUGCACAAGUGCUGCAUUACGGUGCCAUCAAAUCAGAGUCAAUUAUUCUCGAUUACCAUACGAUGAAUUCAUAUCAAAACCACCAGGUUCUAUAUCGUGGGACGUAGCAGAUACGAAAUUUUUCAUAAACACUGAAGGCUGUGGCUACCCACCUCGAGUAAAUUGUUCAGAAUUUGCCAAAAAAUUUGGAUACCGAAAUAUUGGAAAGAUAAUUCCUUGUUAUUAUAGUCGAACAUAUCCACAAACUGUUGUUUCAAGGUAUUCAUGGGAUGAGAAUUUGAGACAUCUUGUGCUUGCUUUAGUGACACCAAUUAUAUUAUUUGUGAUGUCUCUUGCUGUGUUGUGUUACUGGUACUGUCCACCAAUGAGCAAGAGUUGUGGGAGUCCAGGUCGCAAUCUCAUUGAGAAAUACUCCAGAAAGGAAGACAUUCUUGCAGAGGACGAGUUCGAGGAAGACGAGGAAGAGUACUGAUUGUUACCAAGGGCUCACCCCCCUGCACGGGAGUGACGCCGAAAGAACUGUCAAGCCAAUCUGAAUUAUUUCAUUUCAUAAAUAUUGUUGAAAAAAAUUGGUCAGUGAUUACAAAAUGUCGUACAAUUAGGGUUUAAGUGGAAGAUAAUAAUUUUAAGAUAUGAUAUUUAACUUGUGAUAUUUUCAACAUAUUUAUGAAGUGAACGAAUCUUUGUGAUUUUAAACUCGAUCAUCUGCCAGUAUUCUUAAUGUCAUCAUUUUAUGCAUUUAUACAUAACAAUGUCGCGACGUUCAAUACUACAAAAUCUUUCAACUUAAUAAUUUUGAGAUCGAGAAAAUCCAUUUAAAUCUUACUCUUCUGGAAUUAGUUUUAGAUUUUAGUUUGAAUAUUUAUGGUUUGAGUAGUUUUUUGUCUAAUUAUAGAUACAAAACUUGACAGAAUUAAACAAUCACUCGAUAAAGCAAAUAGUGAUUACCAACUUUUCGAAAGUAGUAUUUGAGAAAAUAUUUUUCCACCAAAUUGAAAAAUUAAUUAUAUUUUCAAAAUUAGAAAAUAGAAUCCAACUUUUAAUUAAAAUUCGUUGACUGAAAGUUCGAACCAAACUAGUUUUUCAAUAUCUAAUUUAUUGCUAUGCAAUGUUUGUUUCAAGAGUUACGAAAGUUUGAAGUUGAAAACAAAAUUUGUCUUUCAGUAAUUAAUAACUCUAGUGUAGAAGUUGAACAACAGUUAUCAAAAAGCGAUACAAUAGAUGCUAAAAUUAAUAAUAAAUUUUGGAUGGAACAUUUGGUAGAGUGAUUGAAGUUUUAAAGUUUUGAAAUAAUACAUUGCUCAUAAAACUUCUGGAAAAUUUCUAUUUUAUCGAGUGAUGUUUUAACUUUACUGAGUAGUGUAUUGAUUUUCGAUAUUAAAAUAACUUAUUCGUAUUCCAAUAAAUUAGUUGCAUUUAAUCGCCAUAGAUUAUCGAUUAAAAAUAAAAAUUAAGUUUUGCAAUAAUUAUUCAUAAUAUUAUGAAAGAUUUUCGUAUAAAUAAUUGCCACAAUUUUAUACAUGAUGAUCAUUGAAUGAACAAUUGUUCACAUUUCAUCGAAUUUUAUUACGUAAAAAUAAUGUGAACAAUAAUCUCAUUUUCUGUUUGUUCUUCUGAAAGACGAUUUUAAAAAUUUUCGAAGUAUUUGCAUUUUUUUUAUCGAUAAAAAUUUUUAUAUUACGUCUUCGUGAUUGUCCAAUUAUGGAGACUUAUCACAGAAAAAGAAUAAAACAGAAUUACGGAUAAUAUUACUAACAAUUUAAAUGAAACAAAAAUAAUGAUAGAUACAAUGAUGACUUGAACAUCUGGAAUAUGAUUGUGAGUACUAAAUCAAUUUUGACAUCAAGGCUUUAAGUAGGCAUAAAAAAUUAUUACAAUUAAAUUUAAAAAAUCUCCUACAUCUUAUAUCAAUAUUUCAAUAGAUAACUAAAAAAUUCAUUUUUAAAUUUUCAAUAGUUAAAUAAAAUUACAAUCAAAUAUUUCUAAAUUCAGCAUCAAGUAAAAACUUCUAAAAUACCCUUAAGGGUAAUGAGAAUUAGUUUUGGUAAUUUGAAAUAAUUUACUAUCAUUGAUAGUUGGUAUAAUUUUUAGUUAGAAUAAAUAAAUGAAUCGUUACUUAGUCACAUUGUAUCUCUUUCAAUUAUUCUCCAUCUUUUAAAAAUUUGUAAAUAUGACAAUUGUCUGUGAGCUGUAUCGUAAUAAGUGACCAUUGUAAAUAACUAAUUAUACGAUUUAAAAUUUGACAAAGCUUUUAUGUAUUUUAAAGUAAUAAUUAUGCGUUGUUCUCAAAUUUAAAUAAAUUUUUUGCUGAACGAAUAAUCUUAUUGAUCGAUAAUACUUAACGCACAAUUUAUUUAAAACCUUUUAAGUAGAUCAGCUCUGAAACAUGAUAGAGAAGAGCUUUCAUAAACUUGUCGAAUUUAUUUGAAGGUUAAAAACAAGUCUUUUUUCACUUUCUUAUCUGUGUGCUCCAGUUUUAAGGCGCAAACUCACCCCUAAAGUGAACAUUUGCGCUCGCGCAUGAACCUAAAUAUAUGUGUAGACCUCAAAUAAAUAUUGUACGCAUUUAUCCUGGUCUCCCCUCUUGUCUUCAAACAGUUAACUCGAGUGGUUCGAAGAAGCAUAGGAACGAAUUUGGGAGUUGAAUUUUUAUUUUGUCUUUACUUCACGUUAUAUUUCACUACGAAUAGGAUUAUAACGUAGUUUAUGUUAUUGAACAGUAAAGACAAAGGAUGGACGGAAAUGAGAUCAGUGUCUUGUGUUAUUGUAGAUAUUUAGUGUGGACCUAAAAUUUAAGUUUAUCACAAAAAUAAAAAACGUUGGUCAAAAUACCAACGAAUCGACCUACUGUGAUCAUUAGAAAUUUUUUCAUCAAAUAUUUUUUUGAAAUUUUCAUCAUUUUUCAAUUCCAGUAAAAUCAUUAUUUUCAUUGUUUUUACAAUUAUUUUAUAUAAGCAAAUAUAUAAUAAUUAAUUAUUACAAAUAUUACAUGUAAUUAUGCAAUAAUUAAUAAGCCAUUUCUAAAUGUUAAGCGAUGACCUCCAUUACGAUAAUUACUAGCUUUUACGGAGAAAGUAUUUUUUUAAUGAUCGAAAACAUGCACUCAAGCUGUUGGGUAUCAAGUUUCAAACGUUAAUAAGUCUCAUUGUUAUAAAUAGAUUAAUAAGUAAUAAAAACAAAGUAUAACAAAUAAA